UUCAGCUCCGACGAGUGGCAAAAUGAAGGUGUGGGGAAAGCUAAUGAAGAAAUACAUAAAUCGACAAAAACAAACCGUCUUCUCCAUAUGACUCAUCUCUGCCUCUGGAUACUCUCUUGACGCAGAGAAUCUUCUCUCUGCUCUUCUUUCGAAGACAACGACGAAGAAAUCUCCUGGAAGUCGUGAAGAGGAAAAGUAUAACUGUUGCCUUCUUCAAUGCACUAAUCGAAGAAGCUGCUCCCUGUUUAGUCAAGUCACGCUUCACUCACUCAUGAUGCGAUUUCUCAACUGAUUAUUCCUCUGAAACAUCCGAAUCUCCGUGCGGUGACCUCUGAUUCGGCGUCGGAAUCUGGCUCCUCCUCGAUCUCAAUCAGCAAUGCCGGCGUUGGAUCGAAUUCUCUGAUUCCGGUAAUUUCCAAAAAUUUUAGCUCAGUCGAGGAACUUUUCCAAUCGCUUUGAAGAGAGCCGAAGAAAAUGUCUCAUUCAUGGGAUGGUCUCGGGGAGAUUGCGUCAGUGGCUCAGCUCACUGGGCUAGAUGCCGUCAAGCUGAUAGGGCUUAUAGUUAAAGCUGCAAACACUGCUUGGAUGCACAAGAAGAAUUGUCGCCAAUUCGCUCAACAUCUCAAACUCAUCGGGAAUUUGCUUGAACAGCUCAAGAUCUCUGAGAUGAAGAAGUAUCCAGAGACUCGAGAGCCUCUCGAAGGGCUCGAGGACGCUUUGAGGAGGUCUUACAUUCUCGUCAACAGUUGUCGUGACCGGAGCUAUCUCUACUUGUUGGCUAUGGGAUGGAACAUUGUUUACCAGUUCAGGAAAGCUCAGGACGAGAUUGAUCGUUUUCUUAAGAUCAUACCGCUCAUCACUUUGGUGGAUAACGCUCGAGUUAGGGAGAGGUUAGAAUAUAUUGAUCGUGAUCAGUUCGAGUACACCCUUGAUGAAGAGGAUAGACAUGUGCAAGAUGUUAUUCUGAAGCAAGAAUCUACCAGAGAAGCAGCAUCAGUGCUGAAGAAGACUCUCUCUUGCUCAUACCCUAAUUUGCGUUUCUGUGAUGCUCUCAAAACAGAAAACGAGAAACUGCAGCUCGAACUUCAGCGUUCGCAGGAGCAUUAUGAUGUGGCUCAGUGUGAAGUCAUUCAGCGUUUAAUUGGUGUUACACAAACUGCUGCUGCUGUUGAUGACUCUGAGAAGCAGCUGUCUAAGAAAGCUUCGAAGAAAAAUGAGCGUAGCUCAAGCAAUAAGACAGAAUAUUCCUAUGACGAAGAUUCUCCCAAGAAAAGCAGUAGUCGUGCACCUUCGAGAUCUACUUCUUCUGUUACAUCAGGGCAUGAUCUGCUUUCACGAAGAGCAUCACAGCACCAUGAAGAAUGGCAUACCGACUUACUGGCUUGUUGCUCGGAACCUUCUCUUUGCUUGAAGACAUUCUUUUUCCCGUGUGGUACUUUAGCCAAGAUUGCCACUGCAGCAACUAACAGGCACAUCUCUUCAGCUGAAGCAUGUAAUGAGCUAAUGGCAUAUUCUUUGAUACUUUCCUGUUGCUGCUACACUUGUUGUGUAAGGAGGAAACUCCGGAAAACACUGAACAUCACGGGAGGGUUCAUUGACGAUUUUCUAUCUCAUUUGAUGUGUUGUUGCUGUGCUCUUGUCCAAGAACUUCGAGAAGUUGAGAUUCGUGGGGCUUAUGGUACGGAGAAGACGAGAGUAAGCCCGCCUUCGUCGCAGUUCAUGGAACAUUGAAUCAUAUCCAAUUAUACUAAAAGGUGAACAAAACAAAGCUAUGUUGUCUCUCUGAAUAUGACACGAUAUUCUUCGUCAUACUACUUACUGUCUUUUGUUCUUAAGGCGUUGUCGUAUGUAAAUUAGUUUGGGAUUGCUUUCAAUAUUUCUCUGCAAUUGUGUUGUGCAUCAUAGACAACAGACUAACUAAUUCUCUUCUUUAACUUCUAUCAUAUGAUAGGGGUAUUACGUUUACGGGUUCCCAC